AAAUUCUUCUAUUUUAGCUCUAGCUCGCUCGCCAUCCCCUGCCCGGCUGCUGCCCCCAACGGAACGACGGCCAGAGGAAGCUAGCAGAGUCGAGAGAGAGAGAGAGAGAGAGAGAGAGAGAGAGAGAGAGAGAGCAUGGCUGGCAGGAGUUUCCUGAUUCGGUCCCCCAAGGAGGAGGAGUCCGACGCCGCCGUCAGAGAAGCUGUACUGCUGGGAGCAAAGAACGCCGCAAUAGCUGGUACUGUGGUUGCAGUUCCCACGUUGGUUGGCUGCCGUGUCCUUCCUUGGGCUAAGGCGAAUCUCAACUACACUGCACAAGCACUCAUUAUAUCUGCAGCCUGUAUUGCUGGCUUCUUCAUCACUGCUGACAAAACCAUUCUACGGAACGCACGACAAAACACCAUCGGGAAGCUUGACAAGUCAACCUGAUGCAGAGAUGUAGCUGAAGCUGAAAAGGUUCUCUGGUUGCCGCGGCGGUUGAUAGGGUGUCUUUUGCCCCAUAUGCAGUGGCACCAUUUCUCUUCGUGGACAAGUAAUUUUUGGGUGUUUGGCUAUUCAAACCAGAGGUUGUUCUGUAAUGACUUGUCUAACUGAUGGACCCAACUAUUGUAUCCAGUUUACUCCGAAUUUGAAUCAGAAUAAAAGGUGGUUCUAUAUGUUCGUAGACAUGGCUUAGACCCUUGUUCUGAACAUUCACUUGA